GGAAGUUCCAUAGACCACCUACGCCCUACAGGGCUGGUGGGAUCAGGUGGGUGUGGAACGAAUGGGCCCAUAGUUAUCCUUCUAAUCCUUGUUCAUGCUCAAGCCGGACAAGCAGUCCAGGCGUCAGCGCCGAGUGCGAUUCACAAGAAGGCAAAAGAGAUUUUCAGCGUGUUGGUCUUUCUCUGAUCAUUUCGGACAGAUGGCUUCGAGGAUUGUACCUGUCUGCUGCUUCCUGGGGGCGUUCCUCCAGCUUGGGGCAUCGACCAGUGCAGUAGCAUCGGUUCUGCCAGAUGGCGUGGUGGACAUUGCGCAGACGGACAGGCCUAGCCCCAUGGAGGAAUCUCUAUUCAGAAGGAUGGGGGUCGACUACGAUGGUCAGCUCAAUGGUCAGCACUAUCGGGACGGGAAACAUAAAGUUUGGAAAGACAGAGGUUUUUCAUGUGCAGAGGUCCGCGCCAAAUAUGGCAGCGAAAAAGAAGAAAACUAUACGACAGAGGAGGUAUUGUGCUUGGACAUCUCGCGCGCCCGUGGAAAUGCAUCGUGCUGCCAAGACUCGCCUAAGAGCUGUUGCAAAAACGCAGACAAAUGCACACUCGAUGAUGUGUUCAGCGCACUUGACAUGCAGGAUCGCUGCAGCAAGAGCGCCCUGGUCGAGCCUUUCCAAGUCCAUGACCCACGCGGCGAUGAGACAGGCGACGGCGUUGCCGACAACGCUGCUGCGAUCAAGCUGAAGGACGAUAAUAUGGGCACCGCGAGCAUCAUGGUCACGAUCGAUUGGACGGCAGGGCUGGCUGAGCAGAAGCGCCAAGUCGAGGAGAAGCUGGAGGCGAUGCGCGAUGGGAACUUGCAACGUUCGCACUCACAGGUCGAAGAUUCACUGCUUCACGGUCGUUUUCUGACAUACGCCUUGGAAGAGCUUCGACGGGUCGAUCUUCUUGAGCAGGCACACACGACAAGGACGAGUCUAUUUAAUGCCAGGUCGAAUGCUUCCAGGCCAUUGUACAAUGGACAUUGCUGUCCCAACAAUUUAGAUCCCAAUGAAUUCGGGGGCAAAGUUGCAGGCGGCGCUGCGGGUCUCUUCAUGAAUCUCGUACAGGGCAAAGACUUAGAAACUUCUUUGCAAGCCCUGGCAUCAAGUGCCUUAACAAUUGUAGGUCUGAUCAACCCAGCUCUGGCUUUCUUUGCAGGGAUCUUCAUGAGUUUCCUGGGUGGCAAUUCAAACGAUGCUCUAAUCAAGGCCAUCAUGACGGAGGUUGACAAAAGGAUCAGAAGGGACAGAGCUCGUACUCUCAACCUCCAGCUGAAGGACCUCGUCGAAGAGGUGAGCUGGAUGCCAGGCAUGGUGGAGAAAACAGUUCCCGAGGUUGGAAUAUCUUGGUGGUUGAUUGUCCAGCACGAUCUGGCGACCAAGAAGUCGUUGGUGUUCCAUGAUGUAUCGGAUCGGGAAGAAGCCGUGGACAAGCAUCACCAGGCCAAGUUUGAUGGAGGCGAACUCCGAUUUCCAGCGGCUGGGCAUGAUCAGCGCGCACGGUGCAGAUGCGUCGCCUGACAACUCCGUCAAACCAGCUUUGGCUGAAGGUGGAACCUCCAGCAACCAUGCGAUGAUCAGGACGCAUUACGCUGGCGCGUCGCUGGAUAAUUCCACUCAGGGGAAGGGCAGUUCUGAGCCAACUUACGACGACUGCGACCGCUGGAAUCACGAUGAAGUGGCUGUGGAGAUACAAUGGCUUUAUGCUGAGCUUCAACUGAACGUAUUGACCACGAUCGCCGGUGCCAGGCCUCUCUUCAUCGCCGAUCUGAAACCACGCGUGAAUAAGAUCGCCCACGAAUAUGCUGGCUUGAUCCAGCAGUCGAUGGACAAGUUUAUUGACUGGCGCAUCAGGAGGAUUCACAAGAAGUUCUACUGCUCCGGCACCUCGAAUCAUUGCCGAUAUAAUAGGAAGGAAGGGGUGCAAGAUGAGUUCCUUGACAAGACCUUCAGGAACACGAAUUGGGAAAGUUACGGAUAAAAAUAGCAUCCGCAACGAGCUUCAAACGAGGAAGACCCAGCGCGUUGAGAAGCUCAUGUGUUUCUCGCAAGCCGCCGUGGGAAAGCUCGUCGGCGAUUGCGGGGCGGCGCGGUGAGAGUGCUGCAUGAGGCUCCGUCUCUUCUGUUCUCCCCUCCCCGUCCUUCUCAGGGGGAAAGGGGGGCAGGGGAGAAGAGGGGGGUGCGCGAGGAGAGAGUGUCCUCCUGAAGGCUUUUGACGACAAAUGCGACGCCGACGCGCGUGGCUGCCCGUGCCAUAGCAUGCGUGCCUCUGUCUACUCGGCAUCCAAGUCGCAUCGUAAGG